GACACAAUGGUUAGACAUACGUUCUCUAAUCUCGUACUUCUUUGGUCAAUUAUCCUUGGCUUUUACAGACCUGGAGGGACUCAUCUUACUUCAAAGAAUCAGUCCUGGAACAAUCAGAACCUCUCCUCUGUCCCCUUGGAUCUGGAUGUAAGGCUCCGAAGGCUCGACCUGUCAAAUAACUUCAUCACACAGCUACAUUCGUUUGCUCUGCCGUACUUGGAGGAGCUUGACCUGAGCGGAAACCAGAUGGAUCUUAUCUCCGAGGCGGCUUUUGUAAACCUGGCCCGGCUUGAACAUUUGAAUUUGUCCAGGAAUCGACUGAGCGUCAGCCUUGGCAGCAACAGCAAAGCCCUCAGAUCCCUCGGCGGACUCAGGAGCUUGGAUAUAUCAAUGAACGGCUUGAGUAAUGGCGCUGCCGAGCUAUUACUGAGAAACAAGUCUUCCCUUGAUCAACUUAUGAUGACUGGUAACGUUUUAAUAAAAUUGUCACCCAGCCUGUUUCGAGAGAGCAAACGUAUAAGGACUCUUAUUAUUGAGGAUAAUCUGAUAUCAGAAAUAGCACCGCAGACGUUUGAACCACUAAGCCAAUUAGAAUCUCUCAACUUGGCAAGAAACAAUCUUGCAUUUAUCUGUGAUUUUACAUUGCACCAGGUGAAAUAUUUGAAUCUCAGCAGAAAUUCAGUGGAGUUCUUUGUUACUCCAGAGGAUGCUGCGUUGUACAAUCUUGAAGUUCUUGACCUCAGUCACAACAAGCUGUUAUACUUCCCAAUUCUACCAAAAAUGAAUCGACUCAAGUAUCUACACUUGCAGAACAAUUUGCUUGGUGCUCUGGAUUCAGAGGCCGUGAUGGUAACUGAAGUAAACUCUCUUUAUCAGGACGUUGUAAAUGAGUCGGUGCUUCAAAAGAAUUAUUUUCAUGCAAACUGGAGGCCAAUGCCACUGAUUUACAUUAACCUGAGCUUUAAUCGCUUUGCCUCUUUUCCUCUUGAGACGUUGAGCUUGCUUAACUCUUUAGAAACACUCAAUUUUAGCUACAACUGUUUGCAAAACAUAAACUGGGAUGUUAGAAAUUAUAGUGAUCCGAGGCAAGUUCGUCAGAUAAUUUUCCAUUCCUUAAAGCACCUCGACUUGCAGGGCAACGGUCUGACCUGUCUGCCCCUGGUCUUCCUCAAGACGCUCACACAAAUUGAAACACUGAAUCUACAAGACAAUUCAUUGCAACCGUGUGGCAUUUUGAGUGGAUCUUUGUUAAAAAAUCAUACCGAUUUUGAUCAUGCCUGCACUGCAUUUGGGCAGCUGAAGACUCUUAGACACCUCAAUCUUCGAGAAAAUGACAUAAAAAUACUUCUGCCAAAUGCCUUUCAGGGGACCUCACUCAUUUCCUUAAAUCUUGCCAAAAAUCUCCACAUGCUAAUACAUGAGAUGGCACUGGAAGGUGUGCAAACAACUUUGCAGUCUUUGAUAAUCAGUGGGAUAAACAUAAACGGCUCGGGUCUGUCCUUACCCUGCAUGCCCGCACUGACUGAGAUCAACAUAUCAAACAACAAACUUAAUGCAACACCUAGCAGCUUACGGUGCUCUUCUCUUAAAGUAAUCGAUGUAAGAAACAAUGACUUCAUGACCCUAAACUAUUCUUUGGUUGAGGCUGUAUCCACAAAUCUGACUACCGUGUAUAUUAGUGGCAACCGUUUCAACUGCUGUGACAGCAGAUGGUUGACAGUCUUGAAUGACAUGAGGGUUAAGCUGCCUGACAUUAGCCAGGCCAAAUGCUUUACACAAGUGAGGAACUUGACAAUGUCAGAAUACCUAAAAAGCCCUUUGUUUUACUGCUCCUCUGAAAGAGAUGGGCAGGAAGUUCAUUUUGGAGGAAUGGUCAUAACAUUGUUAUUUGUGACUGUUUUAUCAUUAGCGCUAUUUUUUUUUAGCAGAAAGCUUUGUUGCUCUCAAAGAUCUUCUGUGGUUUGAUAUUUGCAAAGUCUACACAGUGUAAUGCUCUAGUUAA